AUGCCAGGAGUCGGCAAACGUCUCCUCAAGGGGACCAGACAGCGAGUAUUCCCAGUUGUGGCAGCCACGCAGCCCUGUCACUGCCACACAAAAGCAGCCUUGGACAACACGCAAACGAGCAGGUCCCCGUGGAUGGCGUCCCGGAGCCUGCUGGAGUCCCUGUUGCUGAACCGGAGCCGGCUCUCGGCGCCCAGUGCCACGUCGUGCGACGGCGCGCGGGAAGCCUGGGCCCUGCUGUACGGCGUCCUCCCCCCGUUCAUCGUCAUCGUCUGCGUCUGCAGCCUGCUGGGGAACCUCUUCGUGCUGUCCGUCUUCCUCCUCCCGCGGCGGCGCCUGAGCGUGGCCGAGAUCUACCUGGCCAACCUGGCUGCCUCCGACCUGGUGUUCGUCCUGGGCCUGCCCUUCUGGGCGGACAACAUCGCGCACCACUUCCGCUGGCCCUUCGGAGGCCCCCUCUGCCGCCUGGUCAAUGGCGUCAUCAAGGCCAAUCUGUUCAUCAGCAUCUUCCUGGUGGUGGCCAUCAGCUGGGACCGCUACCGCGUGCUGGUGCACCCCAUGGCCAGCCGGUGGCGGCGGCAGCGGCGACGGGCCAAGGUCACCUGCCUGCUCAUCUGGGCGCUGGGCGGCCUCCUGAGCGCGCCCACCUUCCUGUUCCGCUCGGUCCAAGCCGUGCCCGAGCUGAACAACUCCCACGCCUGCGUGCUCCUGCCCCCCGGCGGGGCCUGGCACUGGGCGAGGAUGGUGGAGCUGAACGUGCUGGGCUUCCUGCUGCCGCUGGCCGCCAUCGUCUUCUUCAACGGCCACAUCCUGGCCUCCCUGCGCGGGCGGGCUGAGGUCCCGGGGACGCGCUGCGGGGGCCCCGCCGGCGGCAAGAGCACGGCCCUCAUCCUCACCCUGGUGGCCGCCUUCCUGGUCUGCUGGACCCCCUACCACUUCUUCGCCUUCCUGGAAUUCCUCUACCAGGUGCGGGCCGUCCGGGGCUGCUUCUGGGAGGAUUUCAUCGACCUGGGCCUGCAGUAUGCCAACUUCUUCGCCUUCACCAACAGCUGCCUCAACCCCGUCAUUUACGUCUUCGUAGGCCGGCUUUUCCGGACCAAGGUCUGGGAACUCUACCAGCAGUGUACCCCUCGGAGUCUUAGUCCGGGGUCCUUGCCCCACAGGACGGAUGUUCUCCAUUUCUGGCAGAAGAAAAACAGCAGGGAGCCAUGAAGCGUGGCUUCCUCUUCAGUAAUUUCGGACAUGAGAGAUGCUGUUGUCGUGGGCUCCGGAUGGAGCGCCCCCUGCCCCCUGGCGCCCCUGCAAAAAUGGGCAGGACCUCAUCCCUGGAAACUAUUGCGUGUUUUUCUCAUAGGAGGACUCUGCAGGUGUGAUUAAGGUAAGGGUCCCGAGAUGGGGAGAUGAUCCUGGAUUAUCUGAGUGGGUCCAGUGUCCCACAAAGUUCCUUAUAAAAGAGAAGUGGCCAUGUGAGCAUCUGAGAAGGCCAUGAGACCGCAGAAGCAGGAGGCUGGAGGGACCGCAGGAGCCCAGAGCCAGGGCCUGGCUGCUGGCACCCCUAAGGGCCGGAGAAGGGACAGAGACGGAUUCUCCCCUUAAGCCUCUGGAAGGAGUCGGCCCUGCAGACAUCCGGACUUGAGCCCACCGAGAUGGACCUCAGAGGUCUGGCCUCCAGAAAGAGAAGACAAUAAAGUCGUGCUGUUUCACAUCACCGAGUUUGUGCUAAUUUGUUCCAGCAGCCACAGG